AUGGCGACUCCCGCUUCGCACCCCUUCACCUGCAACACCUGCCAGGUGGCGUUCCGCGCCAGCGAGCUGCAGCGCGCCCACAUGCAGACGGACUGGCAUCGCUACAAUCUGAAACGCCGCGUCGCCUCUCUUCCCCCGCUCUCCUCCGAGAUCUUUGCGGAAAAGGUCCUCGCGAACAAGGCCUCGGCCGCCGCCACUGCUGCCCGAGCCCAGUUUGAAAAGAGCUGCGAUGCUUGUGCAAAGACGUACUUUAGCGAAAACGCUUUCAACAACCACUUGAACAGCCAGAAGCACAAGCAGAAUGUCCUUGCGAAGCAGAAAGCCGCCCGUUCCGGCGUCAAGGAGGACGAUGCCACUUCGGUUAUGAGCUCGACUUUCUCUCUCGGCGAACCCAUCGAGACGGCGUCCACCGGCACUCCCGACAAGGAGGCGGAAGCCGAGUUCUCCAGGGUCGUGGAUGGCAUGGAAAAGACCACCCUGGAAGACGGAGACCCUAUUUCGCGCAGGCCCACGCGCCCUCACCACUCUGCCGCAAACUCUGAGCAAGGAGACAUGUUGUCGAGAACGACCACUGCCACCCAAUCAGCGAAGAGCGAAGUGCCCGACCAGAUUCUUGACUGCCUUUUCUGCAACUACCGUUCCCCGUCUCGCGAUCUGAACAUUGCCCACAUGCAGCGCUUCCACAGUCUCUUCAUUCCUGAGCCUGAAUAUCUAGUUGAUUUGGACGGCCUUCUCAAGCACCUGUGGAGGAAAAUCCACGAAUACUACCAGUGCUUGUACUGCAACAAGUUGGUGUACACGGCAGCAGGCAUCCAGACGCACAUGCGCGACACUGGCCACUGCAAGAUCGCGUACGACAGCGAAGACGAGAUGCUCGAGCUGGGCGAGUUCUACGACUUCACGCGCACCUACACCGACGACGAGGGCUCCGAGACCGAAGGCGAAGACGGCGCGGACGACGGCUGGGAAACCGAUUCCAGCGUUUCGGACGUGCCGACGGACGAGAUCACGUCGGUGCCCAUCGACGACCACUCGGAGCGCUACGCCAAGCUCGGCCUGUCCAAGCACCACUCGCACACCGACCCGCGCCCACACAAAGCCGCCGACGGCUUCCACGCGCGCACCCACAGCGGCCCCCGCGCCGUCUACCGCGACGAGUACGAGCUGCACCUGCCCACCGGCCGCACCGCCGGCCACCGCUCCCUCCGCACCUAUUACCGCCAGAACCUCCACAACUACCCGUCGGCCGCCGAGCGCGCCGAGCAGCUCGCCAUCGAGGAGGCUCAGGCCCUGCGCCGCGCCGGCUCCGACGACGAGGACGACGGCGGCGUCGAGCUCGAUCCCAGCCAGCGCGGUGGCGACGAACGCGGCCGCGGCAGGCAGCUCGUCUCCCGUGCGAACGGCGGGAUGGGCAUGGUCGGCGUCAGCGACGUCAAGAAGAGGGAGGUCCGCGCUGUGGAGAAGAGGGAGGCGAAGCGCGCGCAGCGUGAUCAGGCGAAGGCGGAAUGGACGAAGAACAAGAAGAAUAACUUCCAGAAGCACUUCAGGGAUCCUCUUCUCCAGUGA